GCCCCCCAGCAUUUUCCCCGCUGCUCCCACCUGUAUCUGUCGUCCAUUCCCUUUUGCUUUCUGCAAUGAAGACCAUCUCCUCGCUCGUUGUCGUCGCUGUUUUCGCCGUUCGUGCUUUCGCUCAGGAUGGCCCACGUAUCGAAACCCCAGGAAGCGUUGUCGUGUGCCAGCCUACGUUGCUCACUUGGUCUGGAGGAGUUCCUCCCUACUUCUUGCAUCCUUCCCGGUGGCCAGCCUGGUGCCCAACCUCUGGAGCAAUUCACCAACCUUGAGGGUAACAGCUUCACUUGGAGCACUGAUCAACCUGCAGGCACCUCCAUCGGCCUCACCAUUCGUGACAGCACUGGUGCAACAGGCUCCUCCGCGCCGUUCACAAUCAACAGUGGUUCCGACACCAGUUGUUUGAAUGCGUCUGGUAGCUCGUCUGCUGGUGCGUCGUCGACGAGUUCGAGUUCCGAUUCUGCGUCUGCAGGGUCCUCAACAUCGAGCUCUGUUUCUACUCCAGUCUCUACUCCUGGAAGCACCGUGACCACUCCAGUCUCGACCAGUGCUCCCUUGAGCACACCCGUCAGCACACCCGUCACCACUGGCUCGACUUCCCAAAGCGUGUCUCGCUCUGUCACCACCUCCAGCAGUGGUACUUCUUCUCCCGCUGCAUCUCCAACUGGUGGUGCCAACACCAGCGGUGCUGAGAGCCUGUUCGCCUCCGCCGGUCUUGCAGGUGUCGUCGGCGCCUUCGUUGCUGCCAUCAUGGCUUAAGCACCUCACACACGCGAUUUCAUGGUCUUCUCCCGUAAAAGGACGUGACGGCGUUCAAGCCCAUCUUUAUUUCCGUCGCUCUCGUUUGUUGGUUGAAGCACUUGCAAUUGGACUUUCAUACAUACAGAUGCUCCUCCCUUUUCAUUCCUUUCGUGCACAAUUUUGACAAGCUUUUUGCGCGGAUAGAAUAUCCCCCUAUAUCCCUUGUGUUCUCUUGACUUUUUUUGCGAUCCCUCCAUCCUCCACGGUAGUGUCUUUCCCCCCAUUUCCUAAUCACCCGCCCCCAUCGACACUGUUUUCCUCUUCUUACCGAUAAUGCCCUUGCGACGCUUACUUACGGACGUUUUUGUUGUUAUAUUCACUCUUUGGUGUGCUUUUAACUAGCUUCUUACGCUUGACUUUGAUUCUCGACUCUUGCCUCUUUGGUCAUUUGCUUGUUCCGUGCGAUGGGAUGGCCUUGAGUUUUGUACUUUUCCUGUUUGUAGUGUCUAGGGUCGCGAGAACACCAUACUCCUUGCUUUUACAAACCUGCCGUAUUGAUGGCGAUAUCGUUGACUG